UCAGGACAUUUGACAGACAGUCAUAGAAAGAAAAAAACCUAGGCAUGUCAACAUGAAAUUACAUUUCCAAAAUUCACUAUGCCGUCAUAAAUAUAAAUAUAAAGCUUUUCAAAACGUAAGCCUUGGGAGCUAGCCGUCAACCAUGGUAACUGUUUUUAAAAGAGGCUCAGGAAGUUUCUGAUCACAAUGUCAAAAUGCAACAAAGUGAAAAACCCAUGUAAGAUAUGCUUAGGACCUGUAACGUGCAAGAACGGCUUACAAUGCCAUGGUGCGUGCCAGAGUUGGGCGCACUACAAGUGCCUCAACUACACACCUGGCAAAAUCAAGGAUAUAAAGGCCGGAAUCAUAAAAGUAACAUGUCCCUGCCCAGACUGCAGGACGAGCAUGCCAAAAGAAUACAGAACCGACACGUCGUACAGUUGUAACAAUUCGCAAUGCCCAGCGAACCGACCACCCAAGUGUGAUAAUCAGCAGUGCCCCAUCAAUAGCGAUCAGAAGUGUGCGCGACCGAAAGUGCCGACUUGUGCUCUCGGUACUUGUGGUAAUGAAUGCAAGCAGUAUAGUAGUAGCCAUCAGUUGAGUAGUUGUCCUCCACCUCCCCUGCCGCCGCCGUGCAGUCAGUACAACUCGCCAUCUCCGGUGUCGUCUUCCGACGCCUGUCUGUCCUCCGACAGAUGUGCAUCUGGAUGCUCUUCUGUGAACGAUGUUCACGGAGACGGUGGUUUCCAGGGCACGCCAUCGUUUCAUGUUGUCGAACAAAUGUGUAACACUGUUGGCCAACUGACGAAUCAGAUUAACGAACUUAUGAUGCAGAUGAAGGAAGUAGUUAACAAUAAUAGAGGUGGGGCCGGUGGGUGUUGCCCCCCUCAAGCUAAACCGACUUGUCAACAAAAAGGACCAAAAUCAAUGUGUCCAAAACCUUGUUAUUGCCCGGGGAACCCAGCAAGACGAUAAUAUUAUAGAAAUUGAUAAGAUGAUUUAAAUAUAUGGAUGCUUUACAUCCCCUGUUUAUUAUCAAUUUAUUAAUAGUUUUUUUUAUUUUGUCCUCAUUACUUGUAAGCAGGUCUGCGUUUUUAAUGCAAAGUUGAAGAAUUCGUUUUUUACGUUUAAUUCGCUGCUCAGGACUUGUUCUGAGCAUUUAAGUAUAGCGUAGGCCCUCAACGUUUUAUUCAUUGCUUUAUAGAAAUACUACAUCGUGGAAAAUAAUAAAUUAUAAAAUCUUG